AUGAUCUUACAGAAAUGUAACACUCUUGCAGCUCUAGCCUGCGUGGUCCUCCUUGCCUUCCCUACCGGCAUUCAUUCGGUUCCCACUGCCGCUGUAGCUACGGUCCCCGAUCCCGCCUCGGUUGCUUAUAACAGUCCCAGCAACGGAAAACACGAUGAACACGGCGGACAACCAUCUCCGAGCAAGAAUCAUGACAUGCUCAAGGAGUGUGUCGCCCUAUGCCAGCGACAUGUCGAGAUCGUUUGGCCAAAAUGUAAACAGCCCGGCGAAAAUUCAGACGAUUUGAUGGACAUGAGCAUGACCAGGGAGGAUCCGUGUCUGCUUGCGAUCCGGAUGUGUGCCAGGGGAUGCAAGGCCAUGGGAAUGGUCUACAACAAGCUUGGUACAGGUGAUGGUAACAAUAAUGGGAGGGAGAAGGAUCUGGAGGAGUGGAAGGAUUGGACGGAGACGGAUUGGAAAGCAUGGACAGAGUCCGUCGAGGAUGCGGCGAUCUCAUCGCAUGACGAAGCACAGAGCGAUGUUCAGCCAUUAUAG